AUGUCCUCGAAACAACCGCAGCGACGCACAAUGAUGUUUUUUAGCAUGGAGCGCCCGCAAGUCCUUUUCUUCGACAAGGAAUAUUAUUCAAGCGUAAUCUUCAAAUCGAAACUCAUCAACAGGAGAGAUCCAAUCCAUUAUGUCACAGUCAAUUAUACGUCGAAAAAAGUUAUGAACAAUGAUUUUGAGGUAAGCUUAUACUUCUACCAGCUGCUUUCAAACGUAUACAAGAGAAGCUUCGUAGAAAUACACUACAAGUUAUGCGACGUCUUACUGAAGGACCCGAUCGUCGGCGAGGCGUUCAGAGAAGGGUAUUACAGGGUGCCAGAAAAGGAACGAAUGUUGUCCGUACUCAAAUGCCCAUUUCCACCCGGCUUGUACAGUUAUAUCGACAUGAGGAUUAGUCUGGCAGCACUCGUUGAUACAUUCCCGUUCCAGGAAGGCCGAGUGUAUUGCAAUGUAACCAAUAAGGGCAGACCUACUGGACGUGCUUCUCUUGACUUCCACAUCAAACCACUCCCGAAAACCAAAAAAUGA